CCGGAAGGGGAAUCCUCGCGAGGCCUAGCGGCCGGUUCUUGCUCGAGGCCCGGCGCUGUCCCGGCUGCCUGGCUGGCCUUGCCCGGGUGUCCUCAGCGCACGGAGCCUGUGAGCGGCGGACCUCCGGACCUCGCUGGUCUCUGGCUGCAAUGGCCGCGGUCGCAGGCCUGCGGGCCUUUCGGGCGAAGGGACCCACCUGGCUCCGGCGUGGCCCGUGGGCCCCUCGCUCCGCAGGCUUCUGCAGCCCUGGGGCGGCGGGGACCGCGCGGCUGGAGUCGGAGCCCCGGCCCACCAGCACGCGGCAGCGGGACGGAAUCAGGAAUAUUGUCUUGAGCAAUCCCAAGAAGCGGAAUGCGCUGUCACUGGCCAUGCUGAAAUCCCUCCGAAGUGACAUUCUUCAUGAAGCUGAAAGCAAGGACCUGAAAGUCAUUAUAAUUUCAGGUGAGGGCCCUGUAUUUUCUUCUGGGCAUGAUUUGAAGGAGCUGACUGGUGAACAAGGCCAUGAUUAUCACACUGAAGUAUUUCAAACCUGCUCUGAGGUCAUGAUGCUGAUUCAGAACCACCCUGUCCCCAUUAUCGCCAUGGUCAAUGGCUUGGCCACAGCUGCUGGCUGCCAGCUCAUCGCCAGCUGUGACAUCGCUGUGGCGAGUGAGAGAUCUUCUUUUGCCACUCCUGGGGUGAAUAUCGGGCUCUUCUGCUCCACCCCUGCGGUUGCCCUGGGGAGAGCGGUGCCCAGAAAGGUAGCCCUGGAGAUGCUUUUUACUGGGGAGCCUAUUUCUGCUCAGGAGGCCUUGCUCCAUGGACUGAUCAGCAAAGUAGUGCCCGAAGAGCAGCUGGAGGACACAACCAUGAGAAUAGCAAAGAAGAUUGCCUCAUUGAGCCGAUCUGUGGUGGCACUGGGCAAGGCUACCUUCUAUAAGCAGCUGCCCCAAGACCUUCGAACAGCAUACUAUCUCACUUCCCAGGCCAUGGUGGACAACCUGGCCCUGCAGGAUGGGCAGGAAGGAAUCAAUGCCUUCAUCCAGAAGAGAAAGCCCAUCUGGUCACACUGAGCCAGCAGGGAUGAGCCAGUGGGCAGCACAGGAAGUCCCCCAGCUGUCACCUUCUCACCCCACCACACUGCCACCUCCUGGCUAUAAGAGAAGACAGUCUGCUGUUCUGAUGCUAACAUUGGCUUCCCAAUGUGUGAUUUGUACUAAAAGCCGUGAUUCCCUGGGGGAAGAAUAAAGGGAGAAUAAAUGAGGCUCUAGAUCAAUGAUCAGGUCAGUGAGCACCACGUUGGGCUGGCUGUGGCAGAAAGCCUGGUAUCUGAGAGAGUCCACAGAAGCAUAGGUGAGGGGCUACCCAUAUAUAGGUGAGGCAUGAAGUGAGGAUGCCAAUCCCACCAUUCUGCAGUGUCUUCUAAUGCAGAGCCCAUGCUGGGUGCUCACAAUAAGUGAGAAAUCUCCAUGAGAUCUUCUCCACACUGAAAAUCUUGAUUCUCUCAGGAAAUAAGCAUGCCUGUGUCUUUUGGAUAAUCUUAUUUGAUUUGAAUAAAGUAAAUAGUUAUAAA